AUGGAACGUCGCGUGUCAACGAACUCUGAAUCAUCGGUAGAGCCAACCGAUGUUAGCACAUCUAACAAGACUCUCAGCUCCGAUGCCAAUUCUUCUUUAGCACUCAAGACAAGUCAUGAAAGUGACAACAUCGAAUCAGAUGAAAACGAAGAUUAUUUGAAUAACAAUACGUGCAAAAGCAACAAAAACGACAACGAUACGAGCAAUGACAAGGCAAAUGAAUUGAAGAAUUUUACACGAUCACAAGAUAAAGAGGCAAUCGAUAGACGUGACAAUUUACAGCAGUUAAUGGACAAAAUGUUGCAAAAGAAAAUUAGAAGUGCUGCAAAGACAAACUUCAGUUCAGAUGAGAAUUUGAAUUUCAAUCAUGAGGGCUCUGAAAGCAACGAAAAUGAUGUCACGAAGAAUUCAGACGACACCAAAUAUGUUUGUCCAAUUUGUGACACUGUUUCAACAACUCAACAUGACUUCACUAAUCACAUUCGCAAUCAUAAUAACAUGCGUGACUCGUCCGACGAUGGAAGUUCAUUCACAUGUCGCAUCUGCUCAAAAGUUCUAUCGUCAGCUUCAUCGCUUGAUCGCCAUGUUUUGGUACACACAGGUGAACGUCCUUUCAACUGUAAGUACUGCAACUUAACAUUUACAACAAAUGGAAACAUGCAUCGACAUAUGCGUACGCACAAACAACCUCAACAACAUGACCGCGAAAGUUACGAAAGUGAUGGCUCGACCGAUUCAAGCGGCAGCAGUCAUGGUGGAAGUGCACGUAACUUAAUAAAAUCGAAUUCAAACUUUCCACACAAACGAAAAAGCACCGACGACGAUCUCACAAAUCGAAGGAAAAUUCGUGCAGUCAAUCAUAACAACAACAACAUCAUGUCGUCACCAAACAGUCAUCAGAAGUUUUGUUGUCCCGUUUGCAUUCGCAAUGACUUCUCGAGUAUGAUCAAUUUAGAGAAUCACAUGGAUAAGGAACAUCCAACAAUUCCAGCAAAGUGUCGACAUUGUGAAAUGGUUUUCAAAAGUCACAAAGCACUCAACGCUCAUCGUUGUGGCAAUAAUAAAGCUAUCAACGUGCAACAAGGCUUCAAAGACAUGACAUUCGUUGAUUUUACCAGCGAGAAGUUUCCUAUAAUUGCCAAAAAUCUUUGCGAGCAAAGCAUUAGAACGCCAAUCACUAAUCAGAAGUAUGAAUGCCCGAUGUGUUAUCGAGCUUUUCCAUGUUCAAGCGCCGUUGAAAUUCACAUGCAAGAAUGUCGAAAUGACGGUAAUGUUGCUCAAGAUUUUUCAUCCAAACGUCGUCAUUCAAACAGCGAAUCAUCUGAAGAAGAUGUAAAACGUGAAGAUUUCUUUGCUAAUCUUGCACUCCAUAAUCGAUCAAUUCCAACAUCAGCACCGUCGACACCAUCAUCAAAUGCUGAUAAAUCAUUCACAUCACCAAUGAUGAUGAUAAAACAAGAAUACAGAUCAACACCACCGUUCUGUCAAUAUUUUAGCGAAGGUCGUGACUUUGCUGACAUUGAAUCAAUCAUCAAAGCAGCAUCUUCAAGUGGAUUAGACAAAGCGAUGUCAGAGAAGGAUCAGAUGAUUUAUCGUGACGAAGAAGAGAAUCAAGAUGCAUUUACACACGAAUUCAGGAAAAUGAAGUUACGUGGGGAAUUUCCAUGUCGUUUAUGUACGAUGAUUUUCCCUAAUCUUCGCGCUUUAAAAGGUCAUAACCGAGUCCACUUAAGUGCUGCUGGUCAAGGACCAUAUUGUUGUAAUAUGUGUCCACAUUCGAUCAAUGAUAAAGCUGCACUUGUUCGUCAUAUGAGAUCACAUAAUGGCGAUCGUCCAUAUGAAUGUGCAAUUUGUAAUUAUGCUUUUACAACGAAAGCAAACUGCGAACGUCAUUUGAGAAAUCGUCAUCAGAAAACGACGCGUGAAGAAGUUAAACGCGCAAUCAUUUAUCAUCCGUCAGAAGAUUCAAGUGUCGAAGAUCAUAUUCAUAACAAGAAGAUUGCAAUCUAUUCAACAAAUCGAUUCCAAAAUCAUGACGAUGACAUCAGUGGUCGAAGCACUCCCGUUUCUCAUUUAAAGGAAAUGUUACAGCCGCUCGAUGACUCACCAAGUCGCAUUCAAGUUAAAAGUUUGGAGAAAUUAAAGCAGAGGAAUUUUGACAAUGAUAUUGAGGAAGAAAUUAACGACAGUCAUCGAGCAGUUGAUAUGUCGAUGGAUGCUUUGGAUUUGAGUAAGAAAACUGAUUCAUUCAACAACAAUGGUGACGAUGCUUCAGAUGAAAAUGAUGAAGAUGAACAUGAGAACAACGGUGAUGACAUUGAUCACCCAGAAAUCCCAAAGUUUGAUCUUGGAAUGAUCGAAAAAAAUCUUUUGAUUCAACAACAGUUGUUGAGUGAAGCCUUACCGAAAUUAGAUCCAACACAGAUGUUCAACUUGGCUCAAAUGUACAGAACAUUUGGCUUUCCUACACCAGGAUUUCCAAUCCAUCCAGCUUUGCUUCUUCAGAACCCUCUGCUUCUCAACGAUACAAUGAAGAAUUUUUUUUCAAAAGAUUUAAUGCCACCAACUCCACCUCAGACCAACACUUCGCAGUCACAGAUGAGUGGCUCAAUGUCAGGUGGAAGUUUGAUAAUUAAUCCAUUUGCGUCACCUGAUUCGUCACCUACUGGCCCACCAUCGCAAACAUCUCGAAACAUGGAACGAUCGCCAGUAAGAAAUUCAAUGCCGAUUCCACCAUUUCCACCCACACCACAGGAAUCUCCCAAGAAAGUCUCAACACCAAAUCAUUCUUCACAAAACCAUAUGCAAAAUCAUUCAGGGCCAGUGAAAAUGGUCAUCAAAAAUGGCGUUUUGAUGCCGAAACAAAAGCAACGACGAUAUCGCACUGAACGACCAUUUGCUUGCGAACAUUGUGCUGCACGUUUCACUUUAAGAUCGAAUAUGGAGCGUCAUAUUAAGCAACAACAUCCCGAAUUCUGGGCACAACGUCAACGUGGAAAUCAUGGCUUAAUGAGACGAGGUCCACCUACACAAUUGCCAAUGAAUGGCCCCCCGAUGAUGCCAACACUUCAAGCUGCGGGGUUUGGCGGAAUUUCUGAUCAAGUGAAAUACGCGAUUCUUGCACAGAAAUUGAAAUCACGAGAAAGUCCAAAAAGCAUGUUGAAUUCACCAUUUUCCAACUUGCCUUUGCCAUUGCAAACACAGUUGACGACCCAACAUGAAACAUCGGAGAAAUUACGAACACCAUUGAAAGAAGACGACGACGAUGAAGAUCAAUUAGUAAUUGAUGAAGAUUUCGCAGAAGAUUUAAGUAAGUCAUCGGAUGGUAAUGAGAAACAUUCAGCAGCACGUAAAGUUGCUGAAAAUAUUUUGGAAGAAGCCAUGAAAAUGGGAAGUGGAACUGCAAAUAACCCUGAAGAAGUUGUGUCACAGUCACAAUCAAAAAAUGAUUCCGAAAAUGAAAAAGAUUCCAACAAGAAUAUUAAACGCGAAAGCAAAGAAGAAGGAAAUGAUUUGGUUUCAGUAUCAAAGCUUGUUGACAAUGCAACCAAUUCAAUGAUGUUCUCGAAUUAUUUUAGUCGUCCUGAACCACCAAUGACUGAUCAUAGCGAUGAAGAAGGUUUAGUAGCUUCGGGAAGUGCUUCAGAAAGCAACAACUCUGGAACUGACGAUCCACAUCCUUCAGGAAAAGAAAAGAAGAAGUCAGCUUACAGUUUGGCACCAAAUCGUGUGUCAUGUCCCUAUUGUCAGCGUAAAUUUCCAUGGUCAAGCUCAUUGCGACGUCACAUCUUAACACAUACAGGUCAAAAGCCCUUCAAAUGUUCGCAAUGUCCUUUGCUAUUCACAACAAAAAGCAAUUGUGAUCGUCACUUGUUGAGAAAGCAUGGAAAUGUUGAAUCAGCAGUUUCAUUGCAACUACCGAUUGAUGAAAUGCCUGAACCUGUUAAAGAACCUGUUCGUCCACCAACACAAGUUACAACAAGUUCUGACGAAACCCCAAAACAAUCAUCAAACUUCAAUCUACAAAAUGCUUUACAAAUGCCAUUAUUGAAAGCUGAAAACAAUUCAUCAAACUCAGUCGUUCCAUCUCAAGUAAUGUCAAGUGAUCUUCCAUUCAAAUGCCAUUUGUGUGAUGGAUCCUUUGUUGAUCGUAUUCAAUGCUUGGAUCACAUUAAGAACGCGCAUUCACAUGACUUUGCUGUAUUGAUUGCUAAAGUACAGCUGGAAACAGAAGAUGGAGUUCAUGGAUCACCAGAUGACGAAGAACAUGCUGACAAGAAGGGAAAAUAUCCUGAUUAUGCAAAUCGUAAAGUGAUUUGUGCAUUCUGCUUGAGAAGAUUCUGGUCAACUGAAGAUCUUCGACGCCACAUGCGAACUCACAGUGGUGAACGUCCUUUCAACUGCGAUGUUUGCUUCCGUAAAUUCACUUUGAAACACAGCAUGUUGCGACACCGUAAGAAGCAUUCAAAUGCUCCUAAUAACAUGAACAAUUUCGCAAACAUGAAAUCAGAAAAUGGCGAAAGCAAUGGUAAUGGCUCAAGCAUGAACAACAGCGCAUCUGACAUAUCUGAUGACGAAUCAUCAACUUUAGCAAUGAUCAACAACAAGAAAUUGAAGGAGAUGAUGCCAAGCAAAUCAAAUCAAGCUGAAAUGUUGAGUCGAAUCAAUAACAAAGAUCUUUUCAUGAAGCUCAUGCAACAGCAGGUUGGCUCAGAUUUGCUGGGAAAUCUUCUUGGCAUCAGCGAUCAAGGAAUGCUUAACAAAAUGUUCACCUCAUCAGCAGAUGAAGCAGCGAAAUUGCUUGGAGUCGAGAAGUAAACUUGAACAACGACAUACAUACUUACAUUCAUUCAUAUCCUCUGCUUGUCUCUAGUCAAUAAUCUCAAGAAACGAGAACGAAAGAACUUUAAAAGUUGCAAAUCGAAGAUUCAACGUCAAAUAUGUAACAAACAUUCAAAAUUUUUAACUUUAUUCGUUACUUAGAAUUAUGCUUAAUUAAUUUUAUCGUGUGUGUGCCUAAUGUAAUUCAACUAGUAGCCUUAACUUGUAAGCGAUUCCUACAUAAUCAACUAACAAUACGAGAAAUCUUAAAAUACCUUCAACGGUGAAAAAGAAAAGAAAAUCAAAAGUAAAAUUAUAAGAAAACAUUUUGUGGUUUAAUAUUUCAUUAAAACAUUUUUGAUAACGCCUUUGUAAUUAGAAUUUAAGCGUAAGAUAUUUAGAGAAAUAAAAAAUUGCCUUUUCAUGGAAGUUCUUAACCGGGAAAAACCUUCCAAUGUUUCCAACUUUGUAAAGAUGAAAAAGAAAAGUUUUUCUUUUCUUUCUCGUGGCCUUCAGACCGAAGUGGCUUAAUAAAGUAGAUGAAAGGACAAAAAACGCCCCCGCACGGCUUUACGUCUUGAAGUAAUUUUUAUUCACAACACUUAGAUGAAUUGGUAUCAUUGCAAAAUUAGAUUAUAAGAUACGAAAUAUGAUAUAAAUUAUUCCAAUUAUAUACAGCAA